AUGCAACGCCAUGGCUGUACCCUCCUCGUGGUUCUCUGCCUUGGCACGUGGGGCUUUCGGCCGAGCUUCCUGAGCUUUCGGCCUCCAUCCUCUCGCCUUGGCAGAGACGUCCUGCGUGCCAGGUCGGAUCCGGACGAUGCGGCCAUCUUCAAAGCCAAGGAGGCCGUAGGUGAGAUUUUGGAGCAGCUUGAAGAGAGCAUGGAGGGCGAGCCUGGCCAACUCAGAGCUCAAGCGCUUCGCUUAAGGUGGGAGGCUCUCUGCUCCGGGAAACAGGAGGAUCCUUGGGGGCAGCUCCAAGAUGCUCGGGCGGGAGUGCUCGAAGCCAACCAGGCAUUCUAUGCCUGCUUCAACAACAGAGAUCUGGAUGCCAUGAGCGAUCUCUGGGCCAGCAGCGUUUCGAAGUGGGGGCCUUUGCUGUUCUUCAACGACAAGGAAGACGCUUCGGGCAUCACUUGCGUGUGCACGCACCCAGACAGCUCGAGGAUGGUCGGCCGCAGCGACAUUCUGACGAGUUGGUUUCGAAUCUUUAGCUCGACGACGCUGCCCACAGUGACCACAUCCUCGGAGGAGGUUCUGCUUACCUCCUCAGACAUGGCGGUGGUAGUUUGCAAGGAGGAGACCAGCAACGGUGGCCUGCAUGAGGCGACCAACACCUUCGCCCGCAGUCGAAGUGGACGAUGGUACAUGGUUGGGCAUCAAGCCGGCCCGGUGAUGAAGUAG